AUGCACAGCCCGGGACUCGCAUCGCCGGCUCCGAGGCGGGCGGGCGAGACCCUUCUCCCCGCCUAGUCCCGCUCCCGCUGCCCCCGGAGGCGCCCACCGCCCUCCCCUACCCCAUUCCCGGCCCUUCAUCCCCCACCUCUCGGACUUUUCCCACCCCUCCCGAGGAUGAGGCGGCCGACGCGGCGGCUGGCGCUGUCUCUGCUGGGGGUGCUCUGGCUCGCCGCGCUCCUUCUCUUCUUCUUCGGGGCGAGGAGGAAGUUGGAGGCGGCGGGAGCCGAGGGGCACACGCCGGAGGGCUCGGACCUGGACUGGGACGACCUUUGGGAUCAGUUUGAAGAGCGGAGGUACCUGAGCGCCCGGAGGUGGAAGGGUGGAGAGGACCCAUACCGGCUCCAUGCCUUUAACCAGCGGGAGAGCGAGAGGAUCCCCAGUGAUCGUGCCGUCCGUGACACCCGUCAUCACAGGUGUACAACUUUGCACUAUCGCCAGGACCUCCCGCCAACCAGCGUCAUCAUCACCUUCCACAAUGAGGCCAGGUCGACCCUGCUAAGGACGAUACGGAGCGUGCUGAACCGCACCCCAGUGCACCUCGUCCAUGAAAUCAUACUAGUGGAUGACUUCAGUGAUGAUCCUGACGACUGCCGCUUGUUGGGCAAGCUCCCCAAGGUGAAGUGCUUGCGGAAUGGACGGCGAGAAGGUCUGAUCCGGUCCCGAAUCCGAGGGGCAGACGUGGCACAAGCAGGAGUCCUGACCUUCCUUGACAGUCACUGUGAGGUUAAUAAGGACUGGCUGCUCCCUCUGCUGCAGAGGAUCAAAGAGGAUCCCACACGAGUGGUCAGCCCUGUUAUUGACAUCAUCAACUUGGACACUUUUGCCUAUGUGGCAGCUUCCUCGGACCUCAGAGGAGGUUUUGACUGGAGUCUGCAUUUCAAAUGGGAGCAGCUUUCCCCAGAGCAGAAAGCCAAACGACUUGAUCCCACCGAACCCAUCAAGACUCCCAUCAUUGCUGGUGGGCUGUUCGUGAUAGACAAAGCCUGGUUCAACCACCUGGGGAAGUACGACAGUGCCAUGGACAUCUGGGGCGGGGAGAACUUUGAAAUCUCUUUCCGUGUGUGGAUGUGUGGAGGGAGCCUGGAAAUCAUCCCCUGCAGCCGUGUUGGACACGUCUUCCGGAAGAAACAUCCAUAUGUCUUUCCAGAGGGAAAUGCCAAUACGUACAUUAAAAACACCAAGCGCACCGCAGAGGUGUGGAUGGAUGAAUUCAAGCGGUACUACUAUGCAGCUCGUCCUGCAGCCCAAGGGAGACCGUAUGGAAACGUGCAGAGCAGAGUGGAACUGCGGAAGAGGUUGAAAUGUCACAGCUUCAAGUGGUACCUGGAAAAUGUUUAUCCCGAACUUCGGAUUCCUGAGGAAUCGCUUUAUCAGACUGGGAUGAUCAGGCAAAGGCAAAGCUGCCUGGAGUCGCACAAGUCUGAAGACCAGGAGUUCCCCGUCCUGAGCUUAAAUCCAUGUAUUGGCAGCAAAGGCACCACGGCAGCAACAGCACAGGAAUGGACAUACACGUACAACCACCAAGUCCGCCAGCAGCAGCUGUGCUUGUCUGUCUAUACCCUUUUCCCCGGUUCCCAGGUUUUGCUGUCACCUUGCAAAGAAGGUGACAACAAGCAGCGAUGGGGUAAAGUUGGGUCACACAUUGAACAUAUAGCUUCACGCUUUUGUUUGGACACUGAGACGAUUGGGGACACGCAUGAGAGCACCAAAGAGCUUGUCAUCAACCCUUGUGAGAGCACAGCCAUGAGUCAGCGCUGGGACAUGGUGAUGUCUUGACCUGCUGGAGGACUUACACCACGGGGAUUGACAAUGAGAUGUUCCUACAUGCAGCCAAGAUGCACCAGAUGGAGCUCAAAUGCAAAGCCAUUGCUGGUCCUUGUGUAUUGUGGGACAGAAGAAGGAUCAAACAGAUAAAAAUAAGGACAUGGUGCUCCAGGUUGAACAACGGAUGUUGUCUGCAGGGUGUGCAGCUGCUGUCGGCCUGUUGGCAGUCAUGCAUUCAAAGAGAAGGGAUGGCAAAAAAAACAAACUUAAAAUGUUUUAGAGGGAUACCAGGGCUCCUGUGAUGAGUCCUACAGAAGUUCGGUGUGCACAACGUUUAUUAAUCUCUCUCAAAACACGGUAGAAGAGCCUUGGAGACCAAAAGGAGCCUUGGACUCAGCAAAACAAGCAUCUCAUUAACUUAUGGGGGUGAGGCUGGUGCACAAGGAGGGAUGUGAAACAUUGCCUGGGAUUGUGUGGAAAACACUGAAUUAUCUUUGCACUUUUCAUUGCUGUGGAUGAGUUUGUCUUCUGCAGACAACAUGGGUGGAGCUGUGUUGCACGUUUGAAUUUGUAGCUGAUCCACGUACAUGUGUAAACAGAGGCAGGGCAGUCAUUUAUGGCUAUGGCCAGGAUCAAGCCAGCAAGUAAUGGGGGAGUCCUGCUCAGCGCUAACUGCACAUGGGGGUUAUUGAAUCUCCAAAGCCCAAGCAAACAGUAUUCGGUGUGUGAGAUUAAAGGAUAUAAACUGCUGUGAAUCUGGGAGGAAAGGCAGUAACAUGAUUAUUUCUUCUCUCUGAAGGCCACGGGUGAGCCUUGGCUACUGAAAACUCCCCUAUAAUCUAUGUCUCUCUCACUGCUUCAGAUCUGGAAUAAGUCAAAUUUUCACUUUUCUUCCAUAAAAGUAAUAUUUUUGCUAAUUGAAGGUAAUUGUGUCAUAUUUGUGUUUUCCAAUUCUCCGACUAUAGAAGAGUGGACUCUCAUGAAAUGCUGCUACUGAAGUAACAGAGGAGGUACUUAAAACUAGACACUGCUCUGAGAAAGGAAAAGGGAUAGUACUUGGUUUUGCUUCCAGGUAUCUUGUAGCCCAAGAUGUGAAAUACUGAAGAAAAGGUUUGGGAUUCUCCCAGUCACACCUGUGAGCAGGGAACCCUAGGUCACAAAGUACCUCUCUCCCAAAGUCUUUUAGCAUAGGCAGACUUGGCAGAAGUUGUUUCUUCAGGUUUUGGAGAUGUCAUUCACCAGACGUCAUGUCAGGUGCUAUUGCUGUGUGAGAGUGAGGUUACUGGCAAAGGAGAAUAGGACAGAAGGCCUUAAAAGGGGUCUUAGGAAUAGAAGUUUGGAAGGUCCUUUCCAGCCUGUCCUUCAGAGCAGAUCCCACCACAGCAACAGACAGCAGGCAGUGAAUCACCAAGAGCUCUGCACACAGCUCUUGUGUAGCAACAACUCUUGAAGAGAACUUUUGCAGGACCAUCAAUAUGACUUGAAAAAAAUACAGUUUAUGUCUCUAAAAAUGCUAGAGUUUAAUGAAAAUCCAAUCCUUUGUUCCCUGUGCUGCAAGCUUGAAGUAAAAUACCACAAGUUUUGAGCCUUCAAGUGCUCUCAGCAUCCCUUCUUGAAUAAAUUGCUAGCUUUCAGGAUUUUACUGCCUCAGUUUCUCCUCCCUCAGUGCUGGGAGAAAGCCGUAUGUGUAAAUCUCCCUGGCAUUAGAGGCAGAACCAGAAUAACUCUUUAUUUACAAAAGGUUGCAGAGUAUAAAUGCUUUCUGUGUGCUGCAGUGAUUACUAACCUAAUCAUUCUCCCUUGGUGCAAACCUCAAGGGCUUCUGUCGUGAAAGGGCUGGAGUAAGCUCUCAUUUUGUGGUGGGAGAUGCCAUUGUUUCCUUGUCACCACUUUGCACGGAGAAACAAAGAGAAGCACUUAAAAUGGAAUGGACCCUUUUCACAAAGAAGGGUAGUGACCUUGGGCUCCUUCUAUUUAUUUGAAACAGGAAAUAUCACACCUACUUUUCACACUGGAGAUGACAGGCAAAUGGUAGUUAUUCCCUGUCUAGCACUCACAGGGAAAGCAGCUCCCGAGAGCCUGCAGUUUAAUGUGUUCACACCUGUACCAGGGGCUGCCCAGCUGCUGGCACUUCAGUUCUGAAAACCUAAAGAGAUGAAUGACUUGGCAUCAGUUUUGAAAUCCAGCACCCGGCAGGUACACUCUGACAAGGACCUCAGACCUAUCUAGCUUUACUAUUUUCCACCUUAGCCAAAAGUAACUGUUCUGCUGACAGCCAAAGCUCUCUGAACAGGUGACACUCCUCUUUGCCUUAACAGAAACAGCUACUACCUCACUACAUGUGUGUGUGCCUGAGCAAAUGGACCAGUGGGACCUGCAGUGAUGUAGUCUAGGAGGUUGUUUGGCCAACCUUUCAGCUCUCUUGCACUUUGUGAAACCCCAAAGCUGUACUAAACCCCUUCGGUUCUAAAACACACGCUAAGGUGGUCACUGUGACCUUGUUUGGGGGCAGUGGAAGGCAGGCCAUGGGGAAGGCAACAUCAGGUGUAGGACUUGGUGUCCCCUACAAGUGAGUAGUGUCACUCAGCUAAGUCUCUUGGAGGCCCAAAAGCCACCACGUACCUAAAAGACCUGGGGGGCAGCAGCCACUUGGCAAACUGGUGAUUGUGUCUCACACAUCCAUUGACUGUAACCAUUUGACUGCAGCUUAUUUCAUGGUCCUAGAAAUGAGAUUAGCCCUAUGCAUCAGCAGUGUUUUUUGAGAAGCAUGAGGAUAUCAACCUGACUCCUGGGAAGCUUUAUAGAAGUAGGCAAUGGACUUGAAGUCUCUAGAGUUAGCCCCAGUAUGGCAUUUAACAAAUCUUCCGCUUACAAAAAGAUCUUGCAUUGUGUCAGGGGAAAGGUUAACUGCUGCUGAAAUCCAACUCAUACCUUUAGGUUUAUUUCACUUAUUAAAAUACACUGGAGACAGAUGAACCUUUUUUUGCUUUGUAUUUGUUACUUGCCUAGAUAUUUAUUAUCAUGCUUUGAAGGAAUAUAUGUGAUAUUGAUAGGUGUAUCUAGAUGGGCUCCUAUGCCUUUACCUCUAAGCCCUAAUGUAAUUUGGUAGUAAUGCUUUUUGGUAACAUUUUGCACUGACUUGAAAGAACAGAAGAUAAAAUAGGAAAUAUGGUUCUAAUCCUGGCUGUUGAGCUUCAUGACAGCCUUUAUGAUCUCCAGGUAAGUCACUCCUUGUGCCUUCAGAAAAUAAGAUUCAGAGCAGGAAACUCAGGGCUAGAACUACUACUGCCAUUUAAAGAACCAACCAAGACAGUGCAAAAAGAGCAAAAAAGCACCUUAACCUUCCCCUUCCCUCCUGAAGGAGAUCCAUGCUCCAGUGAGAACAAAUCUACCUGGUUUAGUUGGGCUGGGGGUAGUCUUAAAAUCCCUGCCUUGGUGCUUAUCUGAUUUCCAGGUAUUUUGUGCUCAUCUUCUCUCUGUACCAGCACAGUGCCAUGAGAUAAGAACACGAAGCAUCAGUGCUUAGAACCUCAGCUUACAACAUGUCAGUGUAUUAAUUUAGUAGUAAAGAGAAGGAAAUGGAAUUCAAAGAUCUCUGAUUAUCUAGUUAGGCAAGAGGAAGACAGGGCUGAUGGAUGAAGAUUGGAGGACUGUGGUUCAAGACAAGCGCCAGCCCUGAUUGUUAAUCCCUUCUAUUGCUUCUAGGAGCGACUUGGCAUAGCUUACUUCAUUUCCCUGCCUCAGUUUCCCAACCUUUUAGUGAAGGCUGAAUGUUUUGAAGAGAGAGAAAGCCAAGUAUUAGUUUUUGUGGUAAGGAAUGCCAGCAGUACUGAGCUGGAAAUAGACUGGCAGAUGCUGGAGCUAGCCCCAUGGACCUUUAUUAUAAUAUCUGCCUGUACAGAGUCUGGUUCAGAUGAAGUUAAUUUUCCUCAUAGCAGACCGUAUGGCAUUGUGUAUUAGACUGGUGACCCAAGCAGUGUUGAUAACACACAACAUUUUAGUGUAGAGGCUUAGCUGCCAGCCAGAGUCAACCCACCACACUGCCCUAAGCAAACCAGGGUGCUUAGUGUAACAGACUGGUAUUCUUCAUGGCUUGAACUUUGAUCACAACUGUGCAAAAGGAUUUGCGCUGCUCAAAUUUCAGAUCUUAAAAGCUUUGGUGCAAAGCGAUGGGCUAGAAUUGUUUGUAGAAGUGGUAAAGGAAGCAAAAUCAAGCAGAUUACAAACUGCUGAUGAUCGAGAUACAAGCAGCAGAACGAACUGCAGCUUAUUAAUGUGCUGGCUAAAGUAAUUUUGGAUGAUCAGUCCAGCUCCAGUUUUAAGAUUAUGCAGCUGCUUUAGGUGUCUGAAGACUUUAAGGAAGUCUGCUAUGGGUGUCCAUCUCACAUUGAGACUUAAGGGCUAAAAUCCAGUGGAAUUAUACCAGAUUUAUGGAUAUUUUCCAUAUGUCCACUGUUCUGUUACUCACUGGAAGUGCCUUCAGAACCCUGUAAGAAUAAAAACAUGUUACAAGCUACUACCUCUCUAACUGAGUCUAAUUAAGUUUUGAGUUAAACUGCAUUUUAGCUGAGAGCUGAUGAAAAGCAACAAAUAAAUUUGCAGGUAAGAAUGCUGCUUUUGUGGUGUAGAGGGUGCUUUGUUUUCUCUGGUGUUACUUGGGCACCAAGGAAAUAUAAGCUGGUUGUGUGUGAUAUACAGAAGAAAAUAUGACUGAAUUUCGAGUUUGGGUUUUGCCUCAUGGUUGGACUCGAUCUUGAGGAUCUUUUCCAAGCAAAAUCAUUCUAUGAUAAGUGAUCAAGUAAUUAUCUAUUGACUGUCCAUCACAAUGAAUGUUGUCUCUCAUUUUCCUGUGAUUUAUGUGAAAGAAGUGCCCAGACAAGACAUUGCUACCGUACAGGGUUAAUUCAGUUUUGAAACCAAACAGCCAACCAACUAAGAGGAAAAAAAGGAAAAGGAGCAUUGAAAGCUUAUAUGUUACCUGAUACAUGUAACAAAAGAAAUAUAUUGCAAAAUCAGGACUGUUCUCAGGCUGAAAGGUUUUGUAGUCUGCAAGUCAGUAGGAAUCUGUUUAAGGUUAUUUUUAAGAGAAGAGUGGAAAAAAAGAGGUCUUAAGUGUAAGCAAAUUUAUUGAUUGUAAAUGCACAUUUUCCUGCCAUUUCUGUGACCCAGGCUUUCUUACCUUGGGCUGUGAGCUGGUUGCAGACAGAAGUGUCCUAGCUAGCCUGUGCCCACCACUCCAACUGAGAGAAGUGGGAAGAAGCAAACUCCCAUCUAACAGUCAAAUUGAUAUAAGGCUCCCUAGUUUUAAAGUUUCUUAGUUCUACCGUGUGUGGAGGAGAGGGUUGAUUUCCCUGUAGGGUAGCAGCUGCUUCUGCUGCAGCAGAGAGUCCUUUGCCAGGAUGCACUGAGCGCACAAGGGGCCUUAAAGCUGUGGCAGGGCCCUCUGCAAACUGGCAGCAUGUCCUCCUGGCCGUGGGCUGGAGUGGUUGUGCUUCAUCUGAGUGAGCUGCAAAUCCAGCCCCAGUGACUCAGAGCUACACCACAGAGUCAAGUUUGUACCACAGCACCAAAGCAAAGUUUCUCACAAUACUUCUGAAAAGAGCAUAUGACUGGAGUGCUCCUGUGCUCCUCCAGAGCAGCCGUGCUUGUAUCGGGUAUUAAACACACACUGCAUGCUCCCAGCUAACUCUGACCGUGGACAAUCAUGCCAACCCAUCUAUCCAUCUGUGUGUCUCUGCAGCAGACAGAUCCAAUGCCGUGUCUCCUCUCAGCUUUGGAGAAGUUGCCUGAGCCUAUAUUUAUGGAGGUCAGCAUCCAGGUACUGUGAUGCUGUUCUUGCAUCUGGAAUGUUUUUAGACGGAUCAGUGUUAGAAGCACUUUGAACAGUUUUCAUGAAUUCUGAUCCUGCUUGACAAUUCCUGCAUCACCCCCAUGGACAUCCAGCCUAUUUCCCUUAGCAGAGAUGAUGGUUUUCUCUAAAAGCAGAGUCAGUCCUAAAGACUAUGUGCAGUCACAACCUUCCCCAAGGGUGUUACUAACAUUAUCUCUGACUCUCUUGCGCUAAGCCAACACAAGCUAGAUAGCUAUUACAAGCUUUACUGAAUUUCAGCUGCCUGGGAUCACUGACAACAAGGACACAGCUAUGGUCAAACAGAGGAGCAUGCACAGCAACAAUCAUUUCACACAAAGCAGAAGAGCAUAAACUGUUAGGAGCGAGUGCUCCUAAUCCUCAUCCUGAGGCUGCUGUCACCUUCUUACUAAUCCUCAGAGAGCUGGGCUGGGGAGGGUUGUGCACAGGCUGAGGUGAAAGGGAGUUUUCCUGGAGGUUUGGCAGAGGUGGGAAGCACUGGCAAGGAGUCUGACUGACACGUGAGCUCAUGAAGGGCAAGGGAAGUGAGUUCACAAGAUGCACAAUAAGGUGUGGAGCCAUGAGGCUGCUGCUGCCGCAGGUCAGGUGAGACUAGGGAGUAGCGAGGAACAUUACAAAUAAUCUGGGGAUGAAAACAUCUGCUCCCAGGGGUGUAGAGAGCCAGGGUGGAUCUCAGGUCGGCACACGGCACUUUCACAGUUUUUUAUUUUGAUUGAUAACUGAUCCAGUGGCUUGAAAUGGUUGCACCCAAAUGUCGAAGGGGUUAAAACAAAUGUGCUUAUCUGGUCACUACAUAUUUUUGCUUCUGUUAGUGAAACUGUUGUUAGAGUGGCAGUGGAUUUUUCAGUGCUUUGGAAGUGUAACCUUGAUUUGGACAUGGCACAUAUGUUGAUAAUGUGUAUUACUUGUCCUGUCCCUGCAGCUUUGCAUUGCUGAACACUUAGUAUGUUUGCAAUGGAUCCUUAGCUUGAAAGAUCACAGCCAUUGCAUCUUGAAAUUGAUUUCCUUCUGUGGAGAGAUGUUUGAAGCAAAAAACAAUUUGGUUUGUAUAAACUACAUUAGAUAUAAGAAGAUAUCCCUCAAAAUGCAGAGGAUCACCUUUGAAACCAUUUUCAGUCUACCGUGAAUAACAAGUUGCACAAUAAAAGGAAUUUCUUACAGCUGA